UUUUCCGUUCGGUCGACGCUGCCAGUGUGACGUAUAAUCUAGUGGACGGGACGCUCCUUCAACAACAACAGACACCUCGGUAACUUUAUAGCAAACAGAGCUACAACAUUCACUCUCUUUACACUGUUUUGGUGUAUAUUAGUCGCUGUGUAUUAAACACACUUCUGUCGUAUGUACGUGUUGGCCUAUUUAAUUAUAUAAAUAUGUUGUUUGUCAGCUAGCUGGUUUGCUAAAUUAGCUUAGAACUAGGCUAGUUGCUAAUGCUAGCUAGCGAACAUCUCCGACCAUGAGUUCACUAAGCUGCUCUCCUCCUGCUAAAGAAGAGGAGGUCUUCUGGACGGAGAAAGAAGUUCUCCUGAAAGAGGAGGAGGAAGAGAAGGAUGUUACAAUACAAAAACAAGUAGAGGGUGAGGCUGUUACCGUGAAAGACGAAGAGAAAGACGUUUCUGUGGAAGAAAAUGAAGACUCGUUCAGAGUGAAAGAGGAGGAGGAUGUUACAGUAAAAGAAGAGGAAGCUGAGAGAGAGGAGGAUGCAGUUUUCGGAGUGAAAGAGGGGGAGGGGGAGAUGACUGUCACAUCGAAAAAGAAGGAGGAGGACGAAGAGGAGGAAACUGGAUAUCUGGGCCCGGUUUCCCCAACGCAUCUUAACGCAUCCUAUGGUUCUGACGGUGAACUCAGCCGUAAGAUGGUUUUGAGAAACCGGGCCGUGAUUAACACUAGAGAGAGACGUGACUAUCGUGGAUCCUCUGGGGAGCCUCAACAACAUCAUGAAGCUGACGAGGCAGAGAAGAGUCCCUCCAGAUCAGAACACCUCAAGAAACACCAGUGGAGACCAACAGGGAAGAAAUCUCACUGCUGCUCUGACUGUGGGAAGAGUUACUUAAGAUCAAAUUCACUAAAAGUACACAUGAGAAUUCACACAGGAGAGAAACCUUAUAGCUGUGAUCAAUGUGGGAAGAGUUUUACUCAGUCAAGCAGCCUGUUAUCUCACCAGAGAACACACACAGGAGAGAAAUCUUACAGCUGUUAUCAAUGUGGGAAGAAUUUUACUCAGUCAAGCAACCUGGUAUCACACCAGAGAACACACACAGGAGAGAAAUCUUAUAGUUGUGAACAAUGUGGGAAGAAUUUUACUACAUCUAGCCAUCUGACUAUACACCAGAGAACACACAGGAGAGAAACCUCAGCUGUGAACAAUGUGGGAAGAAUUUUACGACAUCUAGUCAUCUGA